UUUUCCAAUGAACAAGAGAGAGAGAGAGAUACUAGAGAUUUUCAGGACACACUUUAGAUUUUACAUUUACACUUUACAUGGAUGGAUGGGGAUGAGCCGUAAGCUCGUAACCAUAGCAAUCACGAUGACAACCGUUUGCAGGAAUCUGUGUUGUGCCAGGUUGUGCACAUGACAUUUUUCGCUUUCGAUUUGCGUACUCUUGUGUAGACACUGAGUGUAAGGAGCCACGAAUCAUCAAGUGAGGUCCGUUUUUUGCUUUUCAACGAAAUUCUGUAGCGACAAAGGUUAUCCUGGCAAGGGCAAGUGAAGGCAAACCAUUGGGCAAACUACAAGAAAUCGACUCAAGUUUCAGACUCAACUAGUGCUGGUGGCGUUGCCAGCAGAACUCCAUUUCGAAAGAUAUUCAUUAUGAUCUUCCAGUGGAGCUUCUGAUCCCUCGUGAAAUGACAACUCCGACCAACGGGAAUGAUGGCUCCACCAAUCAGCGGAUACAAGUUGAAGUUUGUCGCUCGUCGACUCGCACAGACUCUCUGUGGAGGGCUGCAUGUCGGUUGUCGGAAUGUUUCCCCCGCAUUCCACGGUGCCCAGGCCGUCCUCUUCCUCUGGCCAUUGUUCGUUGGAGGAGCCCUGACAAUAUUUGUCGAAGGAGAGCUCCUAGAACCGUAUUUGGCUCUGGGAAUGGCCGGAGCUCUCGGAGCCGUUGCUGUUGUCGCCGUUGAAGUCGCGGUUCUCGUGCUGCGGAGUAAGAGCAUCGAAGCCUUUGAGGACCCCAGUAAGUCGGAUGUUGUCACCUACACCUCAGCAGACGACAACCGACAACCACCACUAAAGACGAAAGGCGCAGCCGUUCGAUUCCUUUUUCCGGCGACCAAGCCCGUAACAUUGGUCUUGUCCUGCUCUCUGGUGUCUGGUCUCGCAAUGCUGGGCCUACUAGAUGUGGCCUUACCUUCUCAGCUGUCGACGCAUUGGCACAGCCCGCUGCUGGGAUAUCUAUUCUGUCUGUUGUGCUGGGUGUCGUCCUGCACAGUGUUGUGGUCGCUGGUAGUGAGCCCUCCUCCAGAAGUGGCCACGUACGUCCCAAAUCCGAGUCACAUCUUGGCAACAAUGUUUCGUCCCUUCUACCUGCUGGUUUUGAUUGUGGUUGCCCGAACUGCCAGGAGUACUGUAAGCAGCGAUACCUGGUGGAUGUCUGCCGUUGAACGCAAUGCAGUGCUGUGCAUUGCCAGCCUACCUUUGCUCUUUCUGCUGGGCGUAUUACCACCAAUAGAGGCUCUGCUUUAUUGGCUGCCGGAAUGGAUAAACACACACUUAUUUGGCGGAUCACCAUCUCCGCACGUUGUCAGGACAUACGUGAUGUUGUUUCUGUCCGUGGGUGCUGUCCUGCUCUGUCUUCCACCGCACCACCUAUGGGCCACACUCUGUGCCUGCUUCUGCGGAUUCAUCCUGUCCUUAGACUUGGCACCAGCCUAUCAGUGGCUUUGUGCAGGGCCAUGUCUGAAGAAGAUCAACUGGAGGGUGCUCUUGGGCUACUCUGGCCUCCUGGCUUCUUCAAUGUCCCUUGCUGCUUUACCACAUCUUUGGCAUAUCAGUCUGAUAGACAGGUGGAUCAACUCCCCGUUUCUCGUCGUUCUGCUGAUAUUCUCCUCAGCUCUUGCAUCGAUCCAAGCUCCUUAUGCCGUGUUUGGCUUCUUCCGGAACCCUUUCUAUCCCGAGGUUGUGGAAGUCGAUGCGUUCAAGACGUUCCGGCGCCGCUUUGGGCCUCUCGUCGGCCUCGGAAAAUUGCUGCUCAAAAUGGUAUCUCCUCUGGCUAUGGUGACCUUCCUAAGCAAGUUGGCCACAAGAACAAGCAACACUUACAUGAUUGUGUCAGCCAUGGCACAUGUCACUUGUUUCAGAGUUGUAUGGCAACGCACAGAGGCAGCCCUGCUGGAUCUCUGCAUCUUUUGGACAGUGCAUAGGUGGACCACACUGCUCGAAGCUUCCUCGCUUGAUCCACUUCCUGCCGUGUGGCUCAUCGAAAUAUCGCGGCAGUGGGUAACGGGCUUCGGUGCCAGGUGCCACCUGGCGGCCGUCCUCUUUGUCACUUUUAUGAGCCAAGUCAAGCUGAGACUGCGUUUCUUGUGGCUGUUUCCUGUGGUCAACCUAUUAUUUCUUCCACUCCUCCUGGUGCUAGUUGCAAUCAGCGCUUUUCUGCAGGCGUCAUUGCUUCCCCUUUUCUCCCUGCCACUCUUCCUUCCCACGUUUCCAAGGCCGAGCAAGUUCUGGCCUGGAAAUGUCGGCCAGUCUGCCAGCAGUUGCAGCGACUCCGUGUACUACAAGCAGAUGGCGCCACACUUGACCGAAGCCAUUAGGGUCUCCAUCGCAAACGGAACUAUGGGAUCCUUGGAAGCAGGAGCACUGCUGUUAGCUCGUCUGGAGGAACGCCUUCUGUGGAUUCAAGUCUUGGAAUCCGGAUACGGAUUUCACACUUUCAAUAUCAAAGGUCUCGAACUUCAGGAAACCUCGUGCCACGCUGUAGAGGCACAGAAGGUGGAUGAAUUGUUUGAGGCCGCACUCUUGGACAGUCGAAUGAAUCAGGAACCAUUUCAUUCUUUGCUUCCUGUGGAUUUUGUCCCAGUACUGACUUACUCCUCAGUGAAAGGGGUCCUCACCGGAGUCAUCGACAGCCACGAGUUUUCUGAUGUCCUCGGAAACUUCUUCAAUAGGGCCCUUGUCUGGCUACUACUCCAGUUCAAACUAGCAGAUCUAACGGAGAACGGCCUGCCUCAACGUGCGGAGAGUCCGACUGAGAAGUCGGACGAUGCACGUUCCGUUGGCGAGAGCCGCAUCCCUGAGACGUGGGCAGAUGCCGUUCGCUCUUUGACGUCCAUCGGGUCAGCCGACUGGUCCGACUCGGACGAUCCGCUGGAACAGGGUCCACGAGGAGAACCCGAGGGGCGCUCUACGAAUACCGCAGAAACGGGAGAACGUAUCCGAGACAUUGAACUGCAGGUCCCAGUGCAGAACGUAUGGUCCUCGUCGGCUCCAGUCGUCAGGGUGGCUAGAUGGGUUGACGAAAAACCCAUCUUGACAGCGCCAUCAGUGGCGCCAUGCGACAGUACACUGGGUCUUCCCGAGAUGUGGCUGGGAGUAGCAGACGACAACGACAUCGAGACGCUUGCGGCACGCAACGUAGUUGCUCGAGAAUUCAGCGAGGUUUGGUUUUGGAAAGUACUCGAGAGACAACUCGAAAAUGCUCCCAGAACUGUCCAGGCGCUGUGCGAAAACUCGAGAACUGAUCAUAAACUUCUACAACAGUACAGGGACAUAGUGACAUUUUGCCAUGUAGCAACAAUGUCACCUGAUGACAUGCCAAAUCCAGAAACAAUAUGUUCAGCAUUUUCUGGUCGUCUGCGUUCGAGUGGGUCCACGGAACACCCGAUCAACAAUGCCAGCCUUCAAGAUAUUGCAACCUGUGCAUUUAGGUAUAGCGUCAAACUAGCCCUCGACGCGGUAUUAAUCGGCAGCGCUGACAACGAUGCUCAACUAAUGGAAGCAUUAGAAGAUCUCGACUCAGAUUGGUUCAUUGGCAUGGAAGGAUCUAGCUCCUGGUCGGAGGCUGUUCUCAAAGAAACACCGCAACUGUUUUGCAUAUUUCAUGAUAGAGAAGAGGAUGUUUACCGAAGUCACCUCCUAACCCUGCGUGAAGUGUCCGUCCCCGUCGGCCGUCUGCACACGGAGACCGUCAGGGGUCUCUGGUCCACUCUCUCUCUGGAACUGUUGUAUCUGACCAAUGACGACGACGAACGCUACAGCAUACAAGCUCAGCCGACAAUCCUCCGCAACCUCACCAUUCAAGCAGCCAAUCCUCCCCUUGGCUACCCCAUUUUUUCUUCAUCAGCCAUUACGGUAGCAACAUUGUGGUAGAACCACGACCUACUAGAUUAUAACUACCACGUCAUUGCAUCCCUUCCCAGCGCCGCAUUCCCAGUUAUUGCUUUCUCGACUUCUACGAUACUUUGUACUUCAGCUUACCUUAGUAUUCCUGUACAAACGGUGGAUAUUCCACGGUAGAUGUUUCAUUCUGAGGUUGAUUACAUUCAUCAUACUAGCGUUUUCAUAGGAGCGAUCGCUGUCGUCUGCUACGGUAGUCAUGUGUACGCUUCUGCGCGUUCAGAAUUCAAAUUGCCAUCGUCCAAUCGUGAUGCAGACCUCGUGUGCCGAUGAGUAGCGCCCCCGGUGGAUCGUGCGGACGGGCUCCUCAUUUAUGACAUGGUCGUUAUAAUCUAGUAGGUCAUGGGUAGAACAUACGUCUGUGCAAGAUAAUAAAAUGAUCACUCGUUAUUCUCAUCCCAAACAUCCUGAACACAGUGACCCGAAACCCAGCCAGCAACUGGACUGGAUUGGAACUCGAGUUUGGACACUUUCCCUCCCGAAUGCCCACAUUUGGGAUUGUUGCGGUUGUUACUAUUAGAGCCCCUAGUGUUCCGCGAUUCCGUGAAGUUUUGUGGAAUUGUCCACGUGUCGCGGAACCUGCUGCUUCCCUCAGAAUCGCAUGUUUUUCGCGGAAUAUUUGAUAUGUUGCAGCAUCGUGUAAGGGUUUCGAUCGAUCUGCGACAUUUUACCCCCGGUUAUACCCGACCAGUCGUAACUAAGGCCCGGAAAUUUGGGCACUAAGAACGACGGAAAUAGGCAAGCAUUUAGGCUCCAAAAAAUACCGAAGUAGGCAAUAAUAUGCAAAGAUGGGCACGUUAAUCUGGUACGCCCUUUGACUUUCUUGAUGUUUCAGAAUGAUCAGUCGAGGAAAGCUUGCUCAUUUAAAGGCUACGGUACAAUACAAGCCUCGACGUCUGGUACACGAAUGCUGAAGCAGCUGGGAAACACGCUAUAUCGAAUAAUACUAUUACUUUUCCGCCCUCGAAGGUCUUGAAAGGCCAAGAGAGGCCAAAUUUUUGGAUCAACUGUACGCAAAAAAGGAACAAAAUGCGCAAACACGCAGUAACGAAAAGCAAAGUGCAACACUCGGCACGAGCCUGAAAGCUGCACUCGCACUUAGACCCGCAAAAAAGGCUCUUAUGGCAUCUAAAAAUGUUAAAAUAUGCUGCAAUCCCAUAGAGUCGAUAAAAACGCAGGCAACGCCAAAAAUGUCGUAUUUAGGCGUUUCCAGGCAUUUAUAGGCAAAUGCCCAAAAAUCCGGGCCAUAGUCAUGCAGCAGUGCCACAUGCGACUGAUACUGCUGGCACUUACAUGGCUGAACGUGCCACGACUAAAGGAAAUUUAAUGACGGGAAUGCCCAUAGAAGAAAUUGUCAUAGAGUUUAGUCUAAUUUUCUUUGCGCACUGAAAAGUUAUGAAAGACAGGAAAAGUCCAGGACAAGUCUGUGAGCGAUCUCAGGGGGGAAAAUGCCGCAAAAUUUUUUUACUUGUUUUCCCCUGCUGCGGAUAUGUAAAUCCCAUUCGUCGGGAAUAUUAAUUUUCCGCAGCACAGAGCUAGGGGCUCUAGUUAUUAUUGCCAUUGCUGUAGUUUGUAACAAAGGUAAUUCGAGACGUGGCAUCUUUGUUUCUUUUUCAUCAAUUCCAGAUGUUUGUGUUGACACAUUGUGACAUGGCAAGAAUCAACGUCACAACCAGAAAUUGUUUUCUCAGCGGCUGAGAUUCCUGUGAUACGUGGGGGUGUUUAAAAAUACUUUAAAGACGAUAUAAAGACACGAAGACCUAUGCACUGGUUGUGCUGCUUGUGAAAAAGGGAUAUGCACGUUGCGCGCAAAAUGCUGAAACUUUUGCAGUAAAUGUUUGUCUUUUUUUUUAACAAAUGACACAUCAAGUGAGGUUGGUUUGUAACGCUGUGUGCUUACGGGGCAUUUUGACCAUGCUGCUGCUGACUUCUCAAAAGAAAUAAGUGUGUUACACCCGUGGUUUAAAAGGACACAUUCAUCCAUUACUUGUUGCAAUAAACUAUGAGCGGUGUACA